AUGGAGAGAAGGCGAGGCAACGGGGUUUCUCAGGGAAGGGAGAGCGGUUGUUUUUUGUUUUGUAGGUCGGAAGUUGAAGGGUCAAGCAGUGGCAACGAGGCGGACAAGGGCGAGAUCAGAAGGAAGGUACGGAUGGGUGAAAAGAUUGUGUCAGUUCGAAGGGAUGAGUACGACGGGAAAGGGUGGUACAAGCUACUUGUGGAAAGCGGCGACAAGAGAUGGAGUGUGAUGUUAGAUGAAGUCCUCAUUUCGUGGAUACAAGGUGUAUUACAAAUAGCGGCGCGGAAGAAAUGGAGGUUUCCGGGGGGUGCGUGA